AUAACUUGCUAUAAAAAAGCCGGUGUUGGCUCAUUGUGUUAUUGCGUUCUAUCUUGUGUAUACUCAUCUUACACUUGAUUUCCGAACACCCAACUCCAAAAAUGGCUAUUGAAGUUUGUGUCAAAGCAGCUGUUGGUGCUCCUGACGUCCUAGGCGACUGUCCAUUUAGCCAAAGGGUUCUUCUUACAUUGGAAGAAAAGAAAAUCCCUUAUCAGAUGCAUCUUAUCAACGUUAGUGACAAGCCCAAAUGGUUCUUGGAGGCGAAUCCAGAAGGUAAAGUGCCAGUGAUCAAGUUAGAUGAAAAAUGGGUGUCUGACUCUGAUGUCAUUGUGGGGCUUCUUGAGGAGAAAUACCCUGAUCCUCCUCUUUCUUCUAACCCUGAAUUUGCAUCUGUGGGGUCCAAGAUCUUUUCAACUUUUGUUACUUUCUUGAAGAGCAAAGAUGCCAAUGAUGGGUCCGAACAAGCUCUGCUUGCAGAGUUGAAGGCACUAGACGACCAUCUCAAAUGCCAUGGGCCAUAUAUUUGUGGAGAGAAAGUUACUGCUGUUGAUUUGAGCUUAGCACCAAAACUCUACCAUCUUGAGAUAGCUCUUGGCCACUUUAAGAAGUGGUCUGUUCCUGAAAACUUAUCUUGUGUUCAUAAAUACAUAAAGUCUCUCUUCUCUCGCGAGUCUUUCGAGAAAACCAAAGCAGCCAAAGAAUAUGUGAUUGCUGGUUGGGCACCAAAGGUGAACGCAUGAAUUUGUAUUAGUAGUUAUUGAACUAAGUAGUAGCAGAAGUCCACUAUGAUUUUGUGUUGAGGCAUCUAGUAUUGGGUUCCGUUACAUAAUGAAUAAAUUGUAUUUGUAUGAGGCUGGGUGAUGCAGGGAUAUCGCUUCAAAUGCUUGUAAUGAAGAUGGAUGUCUUGAACUUUUUAUGCAUAUUUUUCGUGGUGUUUUGUA